ACUCAGUCUCUCUCACUCAUCUCUCUCUCUCGAGCGCGCGCUCAGCCUGCCGGAGAGCUCUCUCCCCAACAAACCAGCGCAAGGAACCUACACGCACGCCACGCGCGCGCGUCACUCCGUCACUCUCUCUGCUCCAUCGUGUCUAUCUCUCUCUCUAUUCCUCCCUCCACCUACCCCUAGUGUCUCUCUUUCUUUUUCGUUUAACGCAACUUUCCUCCUCAUCUCUCUCUCUCCCUCUCUCUCUCUCUAUGCGGCGCGCUCCAUUACGGGAUCAACAAUGCCGCGCGCUUUCUGAAACCGGUCACGUCUGCUGCUCCUCCUCUGUUCUCACUCCGCUCUCCUCUCCUCCGCCGGCUGAGAUGACGCGCGCGCCGCCGGAGUGAACGCACCGAGAAAGAGGAGCCCCGUGCAUUAACAGGUGUCGAGUGCCCAAUGUGCCACCUGAUGGAUAUCGCGCCAUGCUGUGCCCCCCCGCUCUGUUCUUCAAGCCGGAGACAAAUCACGCUGCUUCCGUGACCCUGAGAGCACCAUGAACCCGGGCUGCAGGACACGGACCGCAGACCAGUAGCUGCCUCACCGUUUUUGGGACGUACACUGAAAAACGAGAGCGAAAUAAUAAUAAUUUUAAUAAUAAAGCAAAUAAUCUAAGCAGACAGACGAUGGCCAAGCGGAAAAUUAAGCCACAGGUGGAGAUCAGGACCAGCUGGAAUGGUUGGGCCAGUUGGACAUGUUGGGCCGGUUGGCUGUUCCUGCUGUGGAUUACCUGCUGCUCGGCGGUACCUUUAACCAACAAGUCCCAGAGUUCCCAGAAUUCCCAGGGUUUCCAGAGUUCCCUGGGUUUACCGAGUCCCCAGACUUCCCAGGGUUCCCAGAGUUUUCCGAGUUCCCAGAGUUUAUCGAGUUCCCAGAGUUUACUUACGACCUCGGCAGCGGCCUUGCGAACCAGAGAGGUGGAGGGACAAAAAAUCCUCAGCCGCUCCAAGAGAGGAUGGGUUUGGAAUCAAAUGUUUGUGUUGGAGGAGUUCACUGGACCCGAUCCCAUUCUGGUUGGCAGGCUUCAUACGGAUUUGAACAUAAGGGACGGGAACCUGAAGUACGAGCUGUCUGGCGAGGGUGCAGGAACGAUCUUCGUCAUUAACGAAAACACGGGCGAUAUUCACGCUAUGAAGAGGCUGGACCGAGAAGAAAAGGCAGAGUACACGCUCAUGGCACGGGUCAUCAACAAGGACUCCAACAUGUCUCUGGAAUCUCCCUCGCAGUUCAUCAUCAAGGUGCAGGACAUCAACGAUAACCCGCCACAGUUCGUGGGAGGGCCGUUCCGGGGCUCGGUGCCGGAGAUGUCUCCAGUAGGAACGUCGGUCACGAGGGUCACCGCCACCGAUGCCGACGAUCCUGGAUACGGAAACAGCGCUAAACUGGUCUACAGCAUCUUAGAGGGCCAGCCUUAUUUUUCCAUUGACCAGUAUGACGCUGUGAUCAAGGUGGCGCUGGCCGGGAUGGACCGGGAGAUGAGGGAAGAGUACCUGGUCGUUAUUCAAGCCAGAGACAUGGGGGGUCACAUGGGAGGAAUGUCAGGGACCACCACAGUGACUGUAACGCUGACGGACAUCAACGAUAACCCACCAAAGUUCUCAAAAGGUUUGUAUGAGUUUACCAUUCCGGAGGAUCUGGGCAUUGGGAAACCUGGCGGGAGAGUGAAGGCGAGUGACCGAGACAUCGGAGAAAACGCCAAAUCAACGUACAGGAUCAUUGGAGGAGACGAGAGGGAUGUGUUUGAGAUCAUCACUGAUGGACAGACUCAGGAGGGAAUCCUCACACUUAAACGGGCUUUGGAUUUUGAGAGUAAAAAGAACUACAGUCUGACGGUGGUCGCCACCAACGUCCGCUCCUCCACCACCGGCACCCCCUUCAUGGACCAAGCCACCGUCAAAGUCUCGGUGGAGGACGCAGACGAACCGCCCGUCUUCUCCAAGUCCACGUACGUGUUCGACGUCCACGAGAACGCGCCCAUAAACACCGCCAUCGGAACGGUCACGGCGCGGGACCAGGACGCCAGCCGGAGUCUCGUCAGGUAUUCUAUCGAUCGGCACACGGAUCUGGAGAGGCAGUUCAAUAUCCACGUUGAUGAUGGAAAGAUCACAUUAGCCAAGCCGCUGGACAGAGAGACCGACAACUGGCACAACAUCACCGUCACGGCCACAGAAACACGGAACCACAGCCAGGUUUCCAGAGCUAUCGUGGCCAUCAGGGUUCUGGACAUUAACGACAACGCACCUGAAUUUCCAACCAAUGAAGAGCUGUUCCUGUGUGAGAAUGGCAGACCUGGACAGGUGAUCGAGACCAUCAGCGCUGUGGACAGAGACAACCCUGCCCACGGACACACCUUUCACUACAGGCUGGCCACGCCCACUAACGCCAAUUUCUCCAUCAAAAACAACCUGGAUAACUCCAUCAGUAUCGUAACGAUGCAUAAUGACUUCCGGCGGCAGAAGCAGGAGAUGUACUUCCUGCCCAUCAUAGUGACCGACGACGGAGAUCCGCCCAUGAGCAGCACCAACACCCUGACCAUCCGGGUCUGCGGCUGCAGCCGAGACGGCACGGUCCAGUCCUGCAACGUCGAGGCCUUCGUCCUGCCCAUCGGCCUCAGCAUGGGCGCUCUGAUCGCUAUCCUGGCCUGCAUCAUCUUACUGCUGGUUAUCGUGGUUCUGUUCGUGACGCUACGGAGGCACAAAAACGAGCCGCUCAUCAUCAAGGACGACGAGGACGUGCGGGAGAACAUCAUCCGCUACGACGACGAGGGCGGCGGGGAGGAGGACACGGAGGCGUUUGACAUCGCCACACUGCAGAACCCGGACGGCAUCAACGGCUUCCUCCCUCGCAAGGACAUCAAACCGGACCUGCAGUUCAUGCCCAGGCAGGGCCACCACUCGGGGCCCAACGGCGUGGACGUGGACGAGUUCAUCAACGUCCGGCUGCACGAGGCGGACAACGACCCCACGGCGCCCCCAUACGACUCCAUCCAGAUUUAUGGCUACGAGGGCCGGGGCUCGGUGGCCGGCUCUCUGAGCUCGCUGGAGACGGCGUCGUCGGACUCGGACCAGAACUAUGACUACCUCAGAGAUUGGGGGCCACACUUCAGGAGACUUGGGGAGCUUUACUCUGUGGGCGAGAGCGACAAGGAAACUUGACCUCGGGACCCUUCAGGGCCUUUUUUGCUUUUACCUACAUGACUUACGCUGUGUGUAUCACGCUGACUGGGGGGGUUGCCAGAUUGAAGAACGACACAAGGCCUCCUAUUGAUUUUAUUUUAUUUUAUUUUAUUUUUUCUUCUUCUUCUUUGUCCUCGAGAACUGAACCUGAACUUAGAAAGACUUUUUAGCUUAUUAGUCAUACGCCACAUCAAAAGUGCAGCGUCAUAAAUUAACGUCGGGCUAAACUUCAAUACAGUGUCUGUAGUAGGAGGUCAAUGAUUCUCGUGGAGUGAUUUUAGAUUACCGUCAUUGAGUGUCUAGCAGUAAUUUUGGGUAUUUGUUGUUCACUGUGACCACCGGAAGCAUCAAACGAGUAGAUUCUUGGUAGUCGCUUGAAGACUUGAAGACGUCGAGGCUUCGAGACUUGAGGAAAACGUGGUUUUUACGGACUUUAACCGGGUUUUGCGGAUUACGGACUGCGAAGGCCUCAAAUGGCGCCACUCCCAAAACCGACGCGCUCAGAAAAGCUUCAACACAAGGAACAUUAAACACGUUACAGCAACCCUACGAAAAACCUACAACCUACAAAGCAAUAUAUGGUCUACAUUACUUUGCUGAAUGUAUGUAUGAACAUUGUUAAGGUGAGCAUAAAGACAAUAAAAAAACAGUACAGUAUAUUGGCUUUAAUAGGUACUAGUUGAGAUACCAUUUAAUACAGAGUGGAAUCAUUCCGUAUUUUUACGGAAUAUCCCGGGCGAGCCUCGAUAGGGCGGCUUCGGCUUCGCUUUAUACGAAAAAAAAAAAAAACAAACACUUUGUAUUCAUGCUAUUAUCAGUGUGUUUCACACUCAAAGAUUAGUAGCCUAUAAAAGACUGAGACGAAGACAAAAAAAUAAAACAAAUAAAAACAUGUAGAAAACGCGUAGAAAACAACGAGGCCUUCUUUUUAUGGAAGCAAACAACGUUAAAUACGGUUGUAUUUAAGCAUUUUUUAUUUUAUUUUAUUAAAUUUUUUUGCAUUUAAAAUUAGUUUCUUCCCAAAAUCAACUCGUGUUUUUCAUCAUUAUACGGUAGUAUUAUUUAUAUUAAUAUAAAUAUUAAAAGUAUCCAUCGCCAGUCGUUCAUUAAUUGUUGUUUUUUUGUGCUGUGGGUAUAAUAUAAAACGGAGACGAGAAAAAAAUAAAAAAAAUAAGAAGAAAAAAUAUUGAAACACACACACACACUUGUGUCAUUUCAGUUUAUUCUUCCUUUUCUGCUUUGUUUCACUGCUGCGUUCGUCACAUGCGUUGAGCUAUUUUAUAAGCGCUGGAAUUAAUAAUUGAUAAAUUGAUCAAAAUCAGAACUACUGUACCAGGCUGCACUUAAGGCUGCAGAGGGAUACUGAGGUGGUGAAUUGUGCUGACUGUGAUUUCCACAGAGGAUCUGGGGAGAAGGAGGAUUCGGGAGAGACACAAAAAAAAAAAAAAAAAAACUGAGAUUUUAUUGAUACUGUGUGUGUAUAUAUUAAUAUACUGUAUACAGUGUUACCAGUGAUCAUUUCAAGCACAAUAGCUGAGUGGAUUUAGUUCCUGUUUAUAUCUGACCCCUGGAAAUUUUCUUGUUUUGCUUUCUUUUUUUUUAUAUUUAUAUAUAUAUAUACAUUUUUUUUUUCUUGGUUUAUUUGUUUCAAUCAACUCUAUACUGUACACCCCACCGGUAAUCAAGCCCAUAAAGUAACGGAACACACUGCAGACAUGUGCUACGUAACGUGCUACGCUGUAUGAUAUUAGAGAAGAAAACUGAAGUAAAAAAAAAGAAAAAAAAGACGUGUACAUAGUCACUACUGCUGACAUUUUAGCUGGCUUUCUUUACCAAGCUUUCUUCCUUACUUUCUAUUUUUUUAAAUUAUUUUCUGCUUUAUUUGUUCGUUUCUUUUUUUUUUUUUUUGUCUAUGCACGUUGGCUCUUGCACACGGAGAUCAAAAAAUGGCACUAUAGCUGCGUGCAUUAUUGGGUUUGUACUGAUACAGUAUGGUCAUUUUCAGUAGGACUGGACAGUAUAGACGACAUGCAGAUCAUUUUUAUACUGUGCUUUAAUGCUUAUAUACUUGUAUGUUUAAUUAUCUACUCUCUGUAUUGUAAUCUAAGAUACCCAUGUACUGUUUCCUACUUUGUGAAAUAUAUUUUUAUAAAUAUU